GGCUGCAAGCGUAACAAGUCAUUUCAACAGGACAGCAUUUUGACCCUCUUGAUACUUAAAUUUUAUAGGCUUUGUAAUAACACUUUGACAAAGUUUGGUAAGGAUUCCUUGGAAAACUGAAAAGGCAUACUUGUGGGGGUAUCAUGGUGUGCUUUGCUACCACCUUUGGUGUUAUCCUUCUGUUGGGAUUAACUGUCCAUGCUGCAACGAACAAUGACACUUGUGACAUUUACGCUGCUGUUGGAGAGAGUUUGGCUUUGCCUUUUGUCUUCAAAGGAUUGGGAAACUCACAUGCCCUGAAAUGGACUCACAACAACACGAUCAUUUUUUACAGACAGCAGGGCAAAGUGACUGUUGGAAAAUCAGAUGACAUCUCUGCAACUGGAUCUCUUUUGCUGAAGAAGCUACAAUUUGCAAGUGCAGGGAUUUACCAAGCACAAGCACUGAAUCCCAAUGGUACUUCAGCUGCAGAAUUGGCUGUUCGUGUCUGCAUGAUGGAAAAAGUGGCAAAACCUAAACUCAGUUAUGUCUGUGACUUGAAGAAAAAUGCUAUUAAUCUUAACUGCUAUGUACCCAAACCUCAGGGUUUGGUGUUCUCAUGGACACUUGAUAAAAAGACUUUGCAAAGUGAAACAAAACAAACACUGAGCGUAUCUCUAAACCAGCCGAAAGAUGAGGGGAGCUUCUUUUGUAGCGUGGAAAAUAAAGUCAGCAAGGAAAGCAGCGACGCUGUUCGUCCAACAUGUAAAGCUCCGCCUGAGAUUUGUUUUUCACCCCAUACCGUUGUGGCAGUGCUAGCAGGGGGUGCUGGUUUGAUUUUCCUCCUGCUCAUCAUUGUUAUAGCAUUAUGCUACUGCAAGAGGCGCAACAACACACAAAUGAAAUUCCGGGACAAAGGUGAACACGGGAUGUUCUCGCUAAAAAAGCAAGAGGCUGACUCCAUCAGCCGUGAAUACGAGACUAUGCACCAUACAGAGAACUGCCCUCCUUCAAGCCCCCAGCCCUCACCAAGAGUCUCUUACCAGAAUGUCUCCCAGCCUGAAGAUCAGAUUGAAAACAGGCCUGCACAACUUUCCAUGGCUGCUGAAGGACAACAACAACCAUCACCGGUGCCAAAGCCCAGGAAAAAGAACACCCAGACACAAAACAUUACAAUGUGCUGACCUUGGCAUCCCUGUGUCAGAAGCUAAAUGAUAAAAUGGAGAAAAAUAAAGCCAUAAAUUUCUGCAGUAGAAAUGUACAUAUUUUAUAUCAAUUUGUGAGUAGUGUGACAGAGUGCAGCUUAGCAGGUCAAAAAAGAGGCAAAAGAGACAAAGGCUGUUUGUUCAAACUAAAGUGCUGUCUGAACUAUAUUUAAAAAGGGCCACUGUGUAAGCAAUAUGUUUUAUAUUAGCUUUUAUAAACUCAUAUUUUCAUAUCUUCUUAUUCUCCAUUUAACUACAAUCAAAUGCUUGAAUUUUCUCUGUUGAUUGAGUGUAUUUCAGAAAACAUAAAGUUCUUUUUUAAUUUUGUGGUACUAUUUGGUAACAUAAACAGUAAAUAUGUUAGUUGCAGUCAAAUGUUUAGUAAAUGACAUGCAAGCUGAGCAAAGGUCGAUUUUGUUUUUUACUUGUCCUUCAACAUAUUUUGCAUCACUGCUGUUUAAACUUUUCCUUGCUGAAUAAAACAGUUGGUUAAUUUAGCCUACUGCAAGUACGGA